CAAGGAACCCGCCCUGGGCCCAGCACUGGGAGCAGAGGAGCCGGUCCCCGCGGCCAUAGGGCCGCCUAACUUUGGCAGCCGCUUUGCAAUGGCUGGGGGUCGUGGGAUACCCGGGCGCCGCGGGGAAGAGCCACCGGAGAGCUACCCGCAGCGACAGGACCACGAGCUGCAGGCCCUGGAGGCCAUCUACGGCGCCGACUUCCAGGACCUACGGCCAGACGCGUGCGGACCGGUCAAAGGACCCCCUGAAAUCAAUUUAGUUCUGUACCCUCAGGGCCUGACUGGUGAAAAAGUAUACGUGAAAGUGGACUUGAGGGUAAAAUGCCCACCAACCUACCCAGAUGUAGUCCCUGAAAUAGAGUUAAAGAAUGCCAAGGGUCUGUCAAAUGAAAGUGUUAAUUUGUUAAAACACGGCCUGGAAGAAGUUGCCAAAAAACAUUGUGGAGAGGUGAUGAUAUUUGAACUGGCUUACCACGUGCAGUCAUUUCUCAGCGAGCAUAACAAGCCCCCUCCCAAGUCUUUUCAUGAAGAAAUGCUGGAAAGGCGGGCUCAGGAGGAGCAGCAGAGGCUGUUAGAGGCCAAGCGGAAGGAGGAGCAAGAGCAACGUGAAAUCCUUCAUGAGAUUCAGAGAAGGAAAGAUGAGAUAAAAGAAGAGAAAAAAAGGAAAGAAAUGGCCAAGCAGGAACGUUUGGAAAUUGCUAGUUUGUCAAACCAAGAUCAUACCUCUAGGAAGGACCCAGGAGGACACAGAACAGCUGCCAUUCUACAUGGAGGCGCUCCCGACUUGGUAGGAAAUAGUAAACAUAGGACCAACUCCUCUGGAAGGUCCAGGCGAGAGCGUCAGUGUUCCGUACACAGUGGUGAAGAUUCCCCUGGCUCUUGUGAAAUCCUGUAUUUCUCUGUGGGUAAUCCUGAUCAGCGCAUGGUAUACAAAGGAAAAUGUAUUGGCAGUGAUGAGCAGCUUGGAAAAUUAGUUUACAAUGCUUUGGAAGCAGCCACUGGCAGCUUUGUCUUGUUGUAUGAGUGGGUCCUUCAGUGGCAGAAAAAGAUGGGCCUGUUCCUUACCAGUCAAGAAAAAGAGAAGAUUGAUAAGUGCAAAAAGCAGAUUCAAGGGGCAGAAACAGAAUUCAGCUCACUGGUAAAAUUGAGCCAUGCCAAUGUAGUGCGCUACUUUGCAAUGAAUCUCAAAGAGCAAGACGACUCCAUCAUGGUGCACAUUUUAGUGGAGCACUUUAAUGGGGUCUCCCUUGCUGUACACCUGAGCCACUCAGGCCCCAUGCCCGUGCAUCAGCUUCGACGGUAUGCAGCUCAGCUCUUGUCGGGCCUUGACUAUUUGCACAGCAAUUCUGUGGUGCACAAAGUUCUGAGUUUAUCAAAUGUCUUGGUGGACGCAGAGGGCACCGUCAAGAUUACGGAUUACAGCAUUUCUAAACGCCUAGCAGACAUUUGCAAGGAGGAUGUGUUUGAGCAAACCCGAGUCCGUUUUAGUGACAGUGCCCUGCCAUACAAAACGGGGAAAAAAGGGGAUGUUUGGCAUCUUGGCCUCCUGCUGCUCUCGCUCAGCCAAGGACAAGAAUGUGGAGAAUACCCUGUGACCAUCCCCAGUGACUUGCCAGCUGACUUUCAAGAUUUUCUAAAGAAGUGUGUUUGCCUGGAUGACAAGGAAAGAUGGAGUCCUCAGCAGCUGUUGAAACACAGCUUUAUAAAUCCUCAGCCAAAAAUGCCUUUAGUGGAACAAAGUCCUGAAGAUUCCGGAGGACAAGAUUACAUUGAGACCGUUAUUCCUAGCAACCAUCUACCCAGUGCUGCAUUCUUCAGUGAGACAGAGAGACAGUUUUCCCGCUAUUUCAUUGAGUUUGAAGAAUUACAACUUCUCGGCAAAGGAGCUUUUGGAGCUGUCAUCAAGGUGCAGAACAAGCUGGACGGCUGCUGCUAUGCCGUGAAGCGCAUCCCCAUCAACCCGGCCAGCAGGCACUUCCGCAGGAUUAAGGGCGAGGUGACGCUGCUGUCGCGCCUGCACCAUGAGAACAUUGUGCGCUACUACAACGCCUGGAUCGAGAGGCACGAGCGGCCGGCGGGCCCCGGCAUGCCGCCCUGGGGCGCUGGGCGCCAGGCCCAGGAUGGGCGAGCCUUGCCCCGGCUGCCGGUGGACGACAGCGACACGGACGGCCCCGACAGCGUGGAGGCGGCCGCCCCGCCGCCCGUCCUCACCAGCUCGGUGGAGUGGAGCACGUCCGCCGAGCGCUCUGCCAGCGCCCGCUUCUCCGCCGCCAGCCCAGACUCCAGCAGCGACGAGGACGACGACGAGGAUGAGCACGACGGUGUCUUCUCCCAGUCCUUCCUGAUGGAGUACUGUGAAAAGAGCACUUUACGCGACACCAUUGACCAGGGACUGUAUCAAGACACCAUCAGACUCUGGAGGCUUUUUCGAGAGAUUCUGGAUGGAUUGGCUUAUAUCCAUGAGAAAGUAAACUUUACAACAGCUGACGGAAAACAAGAUGAUAUGUCAGGAGAUCGCUUGAUUAAAUCAGACCUGUCAGGUCGCUUGACUGGAAUGGUUGGCACUGCUCUGUAUGUAAGCCCAGAGGUCCAAGGAAGCACCAAAUCUGCGUACAACCAGAAAGUGGACCUCUUCAGCCUGGGAAUUAUCUUCUUUGAGAUGUCCUAUCACCCCAUGGUCACAGCCUCAGAAAGGAUCUUUGUUCUCACCCAACUCAGAGAUCCCACUUCACCUAAGUUUCCAGAAGACUUCGAUGAUGGAGAACACACAAAGCAGAAGUCUGUCAUCUCCUGGCUGUUGAACCAUGACCCAGCCAAGCGGCCUACAGCCACAGAGCUGCUGAGGAGCGAGCUGCUGCCCCCGCCCCAGCUGGAGGAGGCAGAGCUGCACGAGGUGCUGCACCACACGCUGGCCAACACUGACAGCAAGGCCUACCGCACCAUGAUGGCCCAGAUCUUCUCCCAGCGUAUCCCCCCUGCCAUCGACUACACCUAUGACAGCGACAUCCUGAAGGGUAGCUUCUCAAUCUGUACAGCCAAGAUACAGCAGCACGUGUGUGAAACCAUCAUCCGCAUCUUUAAAAGACAUGGAGCUGUCCAGUUGUGCACCCCACUGCUGCUUCCCCGAAACAGGCAAAUAUACGAGCACAACGAAGCUGCCUUGUUUAUGGACCACAGCGGGAUGUUGGUGAUGCUUCCUUUCGACCUGAGGGUUCCUUUUGCAAGAUAUGUGGCAAGAAAUAAUAUAUUGAAUUUAAAACGAUACUGCAUAGAACGUGUGUUCAGACCUCGCAAGUUGGACCGAUUUCAUCCCAAAGAACUUCUGGAAUGUGCAUUUGAUAUCGUCACCUCUACCACCAAUAGCUCUCUGCCCACUGCUGAAAUCAUCUACACUAUCUAUGAAAUCAUCCAAGAAUUUCCAGCUCUUCAGGAAAGAAAUUACAGUAUUUACUUGAACCAUACCAUGUUAUUGAAAGCAAUACUCUUACACUGUGGGAUCCCAGAAGAUAAACUCAGUCAAGUAUACAUUAUCCUGUAUGAUGCCGUGACAGAAAAGCUGACAAGGAGAGAAGUGGAAGCUAAAUUUUGUAAUCUGUCUUUGUCUCCUAAUAGUCUGUGUCGACUCUACAAAUUUAUCGAGCAGAAGGGAGAUCUGCAAGAUCUAACACCAACAAUAAAUUCAUUAAUAAAACAGAAAACAGGCAUUGCCCAAUUGGUGAAGUAUGGCUUAAAAGAUCUAGAGGAGGUUGUCGGACUGUUGAAGAAACUUGGCAUAAAGUUACAGGUUUUGAUCAAUUUGGGCCUGGUUUACAAGGUGCAGCAGCACAGCGGGAUUGUCUUCCAGUUCAUAGCACUCAUCAGACGGAGGCAAAGGGCUAUCUCUGAAAUCCUUGCAGCUGGUGGCAGAUACGACCUGCUGAUCCCCCAUUUUAGAGGACCACAGACUCUGGGGCCAGUUCCCACUGCCAUUGGGGUCAGCAUAGCUAUAGACAAGAUAUCUACUGCUGUCCUCAACAUGGAAGAACGUGUUACAAUAAGCUCUUGUGACCUCCUAGUCGUCAGUGUUGGCCAGAUGUCCAUGUCCAGGGCCAUCAACAUAACCCAGAAACUCUGGGCGGCGGGAAUCACAGCAGAAAUCAUGUAUGACUGGUCACAGUCCCAAGAGGAAUUGCAGGAGUACUGCAAACAUCGUGAAAUCACAUACAUGGCUCUUGUCUCAGAUAAAGAAGGAAGCCAUGUCAAGGUUAAGUCCUUUGAAAAGGAAAGGCAAACAGAGAAACGCGUGCUGGAGUCUGAUCUUGUGGACCACGUUGUGCAGAAACUGAGGACUAAAGUCAGUGAUGAAAGGACUGUCAGAGAAGUUUCCGAUAAUCUUGCAGUACAAAAUCUGAAGGGGUCAUUUUCUAAUGCUUCAGGUCUGUUUGAAAUCCAUGGAGCAGCAGUUGUUCCCACUGUGAGUGUGAUAGCCCCAGAGAAGCUGUCGGCCAGCACCAGGCGGCGGUAUGAAACUCAGGUGCAAACCCGACUUCAGACUUCCCUUGCCAACUUACAUCAGAAAAGCAGUGAAAUUGAAAUUUUGGCUGUGGAUCUACCCAAAGAGACAAUCUUACAGUUUUUAUCAUUAGAGUGGGAUGCUGAUGAACAAGCAUUUAAUACAACUGUGAAGCAGCUGCUGUCACGCCUGCCAAAGCAAAGAUACCUGAAAUUAGUCUGUGAUGAAAUUUAUAACAUCAAAGUAGAAAAAAAGGUGUCUGUGCUAUUCCUGUAUAGCUACAGAGAUGACUACUACAGAAUCUUAUUUUAAUCCUCAACAAUGGUCAUUACACUGUUCAGACAGGAACGUAUACUAUAAAAUGUUGUACAUUCAUUGUAAUUUUAAGUUAGCUUUACAUUUUAAGAAGCUGUCCCACAAAGUUGAGCUUUGUAAGUUUUUCAGAUGUAAUAUAAAUUUAUCUUUUUGAAUAUAAAUGCUUUCAUGUAUCUGCUUUUUCAUUGCAAAUUUAACACUAAAGGUUUUAUGGAGCUAGAAUACAACAGCCUUGUUCUUCCCUUAACCCUAAUGACUAAGCACAUGAAAAUGUCCAAAGUGAAGGGUGUAAAGAAGUCAAAUAUCAUCAUUAUCUUGGAAUCUUUAAUCUGUUAUAUGCUUAUCCUAAAGUGGUUAAGCAAACUUUCAUUGGACUAUGAGAACUCAUUCAAAUUUGCUAAAGGAUCAAUGAUGAUAAAAUUAUAUAGCCAGUUGAGAAGAAUACCCAUGAACUAACACAACUUUUUAUAAAACUGUCAGGUUUCAACUCCAAUAACCCUAGAAGGCUAAAGCCUAUUCAUAAUCACGUUCCAGAAUUAGUAGUUAUUGCCAGAAACUAUUACUAUGGGAUGGGAAAAGGAAUAAAUAAGAGAUGGUCAGUGCUGAUAAAUAGAUUUAAUGAUACAUUCCUCUUCACACAGAUGGCUACAGAGAUUUUAAGAAUAUACCCUACGCAACACAGACCAAUUAGCCAGACCUAAAAUAAACUGGCUUCUAAAGACUACCCUGUAAACAUUACAUCCCUUCUCCCAUCCAAAAUGACCCUAAUCUCACAUGAAAAUAGUUAUUGUAGGGGAACCAGAAAGCUUUGUGGUCAAAA